CAUUACCCACAAUGCAAUUCACUGAGACCAUUUUCGGUUGUUAUGAUGCGAAGAUACCUCUACACCUACUAAAAUAUUUCGCUAUAUGCAGGUCUUCGCUAUUUUAAACAGUGUUGAAAUUUAGACACUGUCUGGUACUGUUGCAGUUGGAUACUUUUUCAGAUAAUUAUUGUUGUUUGAAUAACAAAGGUCUCGUUAUGGCGCAGUACAAGGGAGCAGCGAGCGAGGCUGGAAGAGCCAUGCAGCUGAUCAAAAAGCGUGAAAAAGAAAGGGAACAACUUUCUCAGCUGAAAGAGAAAAUUGCUCAGGACAACAUGGUCAAAUCAAACAUUGACAAGAAGUUCUCUGCGCAUUACGAUGCGGUGGAGGCAGAGCUCAAAUCCAGCACUGUUGGUCUGGUGACACUGAAUGAUAUGAAGGCCAGGCAAGAGGCUCUUGUGAAAGAACGUGAAAAGCAGCUUGCCAAAAAGGAGCAGUCAAAGGAGCUGAUGUUGAAACUGGAGAAACAGAAGGAGAAGAAGAGGAAAGAGGAGCAAAAGAGAAAGAUUGCCAGUUUGUCCUUUAAUCCGGACGAUGAAGAGGAUGAGGACGAAGUGGAGAAAGAGGAGACAGAGGAUGAGGAAGAGGAAGAAGAAGAGGACUAUUUUCCUGCAAAGAAGAAGAAGCUUGGGAAGAACCCAGAUGUGGACACCAGCUUCCUGCCGGACCGUGACAGAGAGGAGGAGGAGAAUCGUCUUAGAGAGGAACUGCGCCAAGAGUGGGAGGCAAAGCAGGAGAAGAUCAAGAGUGAAGAAAUAGAGAUCACCUUCUCUUAUUGGGAUGGAUCGGGGCAUCGUAAGACUGUCAAGAUGAAGAAGGGCAACACCAUGCAGCAGUUCCUUCAGAAGGCACUAGAGGUCCUCAGGAAAGAUUUCAGUGAGCUCAGGGCCGCUGGAGUGGAGCAGCUGAUGUACAUCAAGGAGGAUCUGAUUAUCCCACAUCAUCACAGCUUUUACGACUUCAUCGUGACUAAGGCUCGCGGCAAAUCUGGUCCACUUUUUAGCUUCGACGUCCACGACGACAUCCGCUUGGUGAACGACGCCACUGUCGAAAAAGACGAGUCUCAUGCGGGUAAAGUUGUCCUGAGGAGCUGGUAUGAGAAGAACAAGCACAUCUUCCCGGCGAGCCGCUGGGAGCCCUACGACCCAGAGAAGAAGUGGGACAAAUACACAAUCCGGUGAAGAAACUGAAAAUUCUGUAUCAUUCUGGACACACAUUUUUAUUUCAGCAUUGUUUUACUGUUAAUGUAAUAAAGAAUUUUACUUUCAGAUGAAUA